AUGGCUGGUGAAAACUUCACUAUGGUGUCUGGGUUCAUCCUCCAGGGAUUUUCGGCUCAUCCAGAGAUGCAAGAUGCUAUCUUUGGGGUAUUACUGGUAAUCUAUGUCAUCACACUGGUGGGGAAUCUUGGGAUGAUCGUUUUAAUCAGUAUUGACCCCCGACUUCACACCCCCAUGUACUUCUUCCUCUGUCAGCUAUCUUGUGUAGAAAUCUGUCAUUCUUCCAAUAUCAUCCCCAAAGCAUUGGAGAAUUUACUGUGGGGAAGUAAGUACAUUUCUGUUGCUGAAUGCUUUAUACAGAUGUAUAUCUUUACUGUUUGCUCUUCCUCUGAAUGCUUCUUCUUGUCACUGAUGGCUUAUGACCGCUACAUAGCUAUCUGUAACCCCUUGCUCUACACGGUUGUGAUGUCUUCCAAACAAUGUCUCAAGCUGGCCACCGCAUUGCAUGUCACAGCCUUUAUCUAUUCAAUACUGCAUGGUGCCUGGAUAAGAAGUUUAUCUUUUUGCCACACCAAUGUUAUUGAUCACUUUUUCUGUGAAAUACCCUCUCUUCUUAAGCUCUCCUGCUCUAACACCCACAGGUAUGAAGUUGUGUUGCUUUUUACUGCUAUAUUACAUAUAGUAGGCUCCAAUCUGAUAAUCAUGGGCUCCUAUGCUUACAUCCUGUCCACCAUCCUGCGGAUGCGAUCUGCUGAAGGCAGGAAAAAAACAUUUUCUACCUGUGCCUCUCACCUGACAGAUGUCAUUGCAUUCUACGGAACUGGGGCCUGCGCAUACUUACAGUCCCGUACAGAGAAUUCACAAGAACAGGACAAAAUGGCCUCUAUGUUCUACACAGUAGUGACCCCAAUGUUGAACCCUUUGAUCUACAGCCUAAGGAACAAAGAGGUGAAGGAUGCUCUGAGGAGAGUGAUGUGUAGAAAAAUGUUUGAAAAAUGA